AUGAAGAACAAGUAUGAGAGCUUAUUUGAGGGAGUCAAAUUACAAGAGAAUCAAACCCUCCUGAACCAGAUUUACACACAGCUGUACAUCAUAGAGGGAGAGAGUGAAGGAGUGAAUGAAGAACAUGAGGUGCUGCAGAUGGAGAAAAGUUACAGGACACUCCAAGAUACUCCAAUCAACUGCAAUGACAUCUUUAAUCCUUUGCCUGAACCAGGAUAUGAGAAGAAAGACAAAAUAAAGACUGUUCUUACUAAAGGCAUCGCUGGAAUUGGAAAAACCGUCUCUGUGCAGAAGUUCAUUCUGGACUGGGCCGAGGGAAAAGCCAAUCAGGAUGUAGAUUUCAUGUUUGUGCUUACAUUUCGAGAGCUGAACUUGAUUAAAGAUCAUCAGUACAGUCUUCACCGACUUCUGCUUGACUUUCAUCCUGAACUUCAAUAUCUGGACUCAAAGAUUUAUGAUGAAUAUUUCAUCAGUGGGUCUGUUGAUGUCAAACCUCAUGAGAGGAGAUCUGCUUCCCUCUGCUCUCAUCUGGAUCACCUCCAGACCAAAAAGUAUGAAGAGAGACAUCCACAGAAACUCCUGCAGUCCAGCAGAGAAGUGAUUGUGAAACUUGCUGAACUGGCUUUCAAUCAGCUGAUGAAGGGCAAUGUGAUGUUUUAUGAGGAGGACCUGAGAGAGAGCGGCAUAGACGUCACUGACGCCUCAGUGUAUUCUGGGAUUUGCACUGAGAUCUUUAGAGAGGAAUCUGUGAUUUAUCACAGGAAGGUUUACAGCUUUGUACAUCUGAGCUUUCAGGAGUUUUUUGCAGCACUGUAUGUGUUUUUCUGCUAUUUACACAAAAACAGUGAGGUUCUGAAAAUGUUCCUGACAGGAAAGUCCAGAACUCAGUGUGAGGAUGUUUCUCUGGAUGUGUUUCUGAAAGGAGCAAUGAAUAAAGCCUUGAAGAGUAAAAACGGACACUUGGAUCUUUUCCUUCGAUUUCUUCAUGGCGUCUCACUGGAGUCCAAUCAGAGACUCUUACAGGAUGCACUGAUACACACAGAGAACAACCCAGAGAGCAUCAAGAAAAUAACCCAAAACCUCAAACGAGGUCAAAAAAACAACGUCAGUCCUGACAGAUGGAUAAAUCUGUCACACUGCUUGAUUGAGAUGAAAGAUAAUUCUGUUGUCGAAGAAAUGCAGGCAUUUUUAAACUCUAAUACAAAAGAAAAAAGUCUUUCUCUUGCACAAUGCUCAACUUUGGCAAACAUAAUCCUGAUGUCAGAGGAGGUGCUGGAUGAGUUUGAUCUUAAAAAAAUCACCACUAAAUCAAAAGAUGGGAGACUGAGACUGUUACCUGCUGUGAGGAACUGCAGAAAAGCUCUAUUGACAGGCUGUGAUCUCACUGAUCGACACUGUGAAAUUGUAACUUCAGUUUUACAAUCAUCAAACUCCCUGAGAGAGCUGGACCUGAGUAACAAUCACCUGCAGCAUUCAGGAGUGAAGCUGCUCUGUGCUGGACUGAAGAGUCCUAACUGUCAACUCAACAAACUGAGAUUGUCCAUCUGUAAUCUCAGUGAUCAGUGCUGUGAGAUUUUGGCUUCAACUCUACAAUCAUCAGACUGCUCCCUGAGAGAGCUGGACCUGAGUAACAAUGACCUGCAGGAUUCAAGAGUGGAGCACCUCUGUGCUGGACUGAAGAGUCCAAACUGUCAACUCAACAUACUGAGAUUGGCUGACUGCAAACUCACUGAUCAGUGCUGUAACACUGUUACUUCCGUUUUACAAUCAUCAAACUCCCUGAGAGAGCUGGACCUGAGUAAAAAUCACCUGCAGCAUUCAGGAGUGAAGCUGCUCUGUGCUGGACUGAAGAGUUCAAACUGUCAACUCAACAUACUGAGAUUAUCUCAGUGUUUGGUGACAGCAGAAGGUUGUGCUGCUCUGGCAUCAGCUCUGAGUUCAAACCCCUCACACCUGAGAGAGCUGGACCUGAGCUACAAUCACCCAGGAGAUUCAGGAGUGAAGCUGCUCAACCACCUGGAAAAACUCAAUGUGGAUCAUGGAGGAGAGUUCAGGAUCACAGCAGGACUCCACAAAUACGCCUGUGAUCUCACACUGGAUCCAAACACAGCACACACUCUCCUCGUUCUGUCUGAGGAGAACAGAAAGGUGAUGCUUGUGGAAGAGCGACAGUCAUAUCCUGAUCAUCCGGACAGAUUUGAUUGGUAUAAUCAGGUUCUGUGUUCAGAGAGUCUGACUGGACGCUGUUACUGGGAGACUGAAUGGAGUGGAGAUGUUCAUAUAUCAGUGGCUUAUAAAGAAAUCAAGAGGAAAGGAAGGAUUGAUGACUGUGUGUUUGGAGGUAAUGUGAACUCCUGGAGUCUGAUCUGCUCUGAUCACAGAUUCACUGCUCGUCACAAUGAUAAGAGAACUGAGAUCUCUGCUGCUUCAGACUCCUGUAAGAGAGUAGCAGUGUUUCUGGACGAGUCGAGCGGCUCUCUGUCCUUCUACAGCGUCUCUGACACACACACACUCACACACUUAAACACAUUCACACACACAUUCACUCAACCACUACACGCUGGAUUUAGACUUUAUUAUAACAACUCUUCAGUGUCUCUGUGUCACAUUAAACAUUAAACUCUCACACACACACACUUACACACACACACAACUGACUGACACACACACAUCUCUGUCUGUAACAGAAACACAUUUAGUCCUCUGAUAUGUAAUCUAUGUGUGUAUGAUGCUGUUCACUUGACUUUAUUGAACUAAUAAAGAACUUACAAACCAAAAGCA